AUGAUUGCGCGACUCGUAACCCGGAAGCUGACAAGGCAAAGCUCUUUGCUGCGAGGGACUUUUGUGGCCAUUGGAUCUCGUCCUGUCUCUGCAGUGUCUGGAGCUGCAGAGGCGCUUCAACUCCCCGAACGUUUGGAGGAGUUGGCACGCCCAACCGCACGGUGCAUCGAGCAAGCAAAGGUUUUGCACCCGGCCUUCUACACCGAUCAGUCUUAUGCGCAACUCGAGAGGGAGCGCAUCUUUGGAAUGAAUUGGUUUGCAGCAGCUCACGUCCAAGAGUUGUCCAAGCCGGGGGACGUCAAAGUCGUUGAGGUCGGGACAAAGUCCAUAAUCCUUACCCGAGACAAGAAUCACAAGCUGCAUGCUUUCUACAACACGUGUCGGCAUCGCGGAGCCCGUGUUUGCUCCACCAGUGCAUCUGGUUGCAAGCAACUGGUUUGCCCAUACCACUGGUGGGCGUAUCGGCUUGACGGUUCCCUCAAGUCGACGCCCCCGGCGGCAGUGCCCAAGGAGCGCAAGGAGGAAUUGGGUUUGCUUCGUGUUCCUGGCCUCGAGACCUUCGCAGGUAUCAUCUUCCUCAACCAGACACCAAACCCAAUGCCGCUUCGCGACUCUUUGGGUGAUUUGACAACAAAGCUCCAACGGUAUGACUUAGACGACAUGGAGAUGCAUGCCCAAAAGACUUAUGACAUAGCAGGUGACUGGAAGCUUAUUUGCGAGAAUUUCGUGGAUUUCUACCACAUUGAUGCAGUGCACCCUGCGCUAUCCAGGUUUUCUCGUGUUGACGACCACUUACCAUACCAAGGUGGCGGACAGUACGUUGGUUUUGUCACAUCUCCUCUCACGGACUGCGGCGGGCCCGGAGACAGCGACAGGUUCAAUUCGUUUGGAAGGCUUCGUCCAAUAGAGUCGAAUUCUGCUCUCUUCUUCCACAUCUUUCCAAACGUUUCAGUGACCGUAUAUCCUCACUCUGUGUAUACUUUGCUUACUCUGCCCUCGAAGACCCCAGGGAAAACAGAGGAACUGCUGACCCUUCUUAUGGCUCCUGGAGCGCGCAGGAAAGAGGUCUCUCAAGAUGAGCACACCGAGAGAUGCAAUGCGCUCAUGGAUUUUGUGACGAACAUCAACGACGAGGAGUGGCUUGAGAUGGCUGUGGAAAGCGGUUUCACGAAGCUGAGGGAGU